GUGAAUGCAAGGGAACAAGUGACUCGUUUGUUGAUAAUUGUGGACUAUAUAAAUGUUAAGUGAUGAAGUUGCACCAUAAUGUUGACUGAAUCCAGUUAAGAACUGGAUUGUGGCGACAGAAAUGGAUAGAGAUACGAAAUAUUUAUUACGAAGGAUUGUAAUUGACAUUCUGUGUUUAUUUACAGUUGGUUUCCCAAUUCUUCUGUUCUACUAUUUUGGAAAGCCCUUCGAGAGGGGCUUCUACUGUGACGAUGAGUCUCUCAAAUAUCCAUUUAAGCCAUCAACCGUUACUAGUCCAAUGCUAUACUUGGUGGGAAUGUUUUUGCCUAUUACUUCGUUUGUUGUUACUGAGUUCAUACACUAUAGACAGUCAAAUGGACAAGUGGCAAGAACAUUCUAUGGCAGAGCAAUUCCACCCUGGAUUUGGUCAUCAUAUAAAACGAUAGGAGUGUUUGGAUUUGGAGUUGCAUGUUCCCACUUGACAACAGACAUCGCAAAAUAUGUUAUAGGACGUCUGCGGCCGCAUUUCUUUGCCGUAUGUGUGCCAAAUAUUAACUGUACGGAGCCGAAAUAUAUGCACAAGUACAUUGAGGAAUUUACUUGCACUGGUGACCACCCAGAGUUAUUCAAAGAAGUCAGGUUGUCUUUUCCAUCAGGACAUUCUUCAUUUUCAGCAUAUACAAUGAUAUAUUUAGUAUUAUACCUGCAAGCCCGGAUGACAUGGAAAGGCUCCAAACUUUUGAAACACUUCUGUCAGUACAUUUGUUUAUUAAUAGCUGUGGGCACAGCCUUGUCUCGCGUUUCUGACUAUAAACAUCACUGGAGUGAUGUACUCGCUGGGUUUCUUCAGGGAGCUGUUUUUGCAGUGUCUGUGGUGCUGUUCAUUUCUGACUUGUUUCCAGUGAAACACAAUCCAGCACUUCCUGUACCAGAUAUGGAUACAGAUCCUCCAAGCCAUACAGGAAAUGUUUCAGUGAAAGUAAUAUGAGACGUCUGAUUAUUGUCUUCAAAAUGACUUACUAUGAAUUAGCAGUGGGCUUCCAAAAUUGUAUGAAAGGCUACAUAUAUGUACAUUGUCAGUUCUAUGGGAAUAGAGAAUUACCAAUGCUACAACAGCAAUAAAAAUAAAUGGGAAGAGCAUAUGUAAGAACAGGUGAAACAAUGAUCUGGCUGCAAUAUCAAAAGACACACACACACACACACACACACACACACACACACACACACACACACACACAAAAGCAAUCAGUGAAUCUUGAGCUUAAGAACUGGAGGUGUCUUCCUGAAAAAUCUUCAGACUUUUUCUGAAGGAGGAGCAACAUUGGGAGUGUAUGAAAUAGAUUGUGUCACUCAGACUACUGUGCCAAAGACUUCCAGAAAUUGCUUCCCCAUUGCAUGUCCUAACUCCUUGGCUUUUAUAACAAUUAUGUUUUCUUACAUUUUGCAGAAGAUACUUUCUACCCUAAAGCUCAAGAUUUUAUUAUUUUAACAAAUGCAGUGGAUCUGUAUAGUUUUUUUAUUGUUAUUAGACUCCAUUUGGCUUAACUGUUUCUUAUUAUGAAUACAAUAUGUUGAACUUUAAUGUUAAGACAGGAUAUAUAUCUUCACCAUGUAUCUUUGUCAUAUUGCAUUUGUUGGUAGCAAUUUUUAAGUUUCAUCCACAAAAGAAACUACUGUCUAAUAGAGAUGGGUAGAUUGUCAAUAAAAAUUACUGUCUAGUUCAGAUCAUUCUGUUCUUUCUACUGAUUUACUUCCACAAUAGCUUUUUAUAGAAUUACAUAAUAAUUCUAAGAGCAUUUGUUGCAAACUGUUAUAAAAUGUAGUGCAUUUUGUUCCAAUUUGUGACAGAAGCAGUACAGAUUAUUAUUAUUGUUAUUAUUAUUAUUAUUAUUAUUAUUAUUAUUAUUAUUAUUGUCAUCUUAUUUAGGGAUAAUUUUGGGCAAUUAAUAUAGAAUUACCAAAUAUCAAAGAGCAAUUGUACCAGCAGGCUCAGAGAAAAGUACAAGUGAAAUUGGUUACAAGUCCCAUCCAUCCUCAUGACUCUGUUGUUUUUCUCUUGCAGCUCCCAUAGUUGCAUGAAAACUAGGUCAGUGGUAGAAUUCAGUAUUAAGCAACCUAGAGAGAAAAUGAUUGCAAAGAUCAUUCGAUUUUAUGUGUACAGUUUAUUACAGAGUAGCCAUAUGUGACUGUGUGAUAAGUAUUAUUAAAAUGGUGAAGGAAGUGACUACUGUGAACUGAUAGAUACACCAGAAUUGCAAUGUUUUGGUGUUGUAUGUACGUAUAACACAGAAGACAUACUUGUACAGAAGAAUGUACUAAGUUUUAUGUAAUAUUUUAAUUUCAUCCACUUAGCUUUUUCAAAUUUUUGGUGGUGAAAGUUUAGUUAUAGCAAAAUGAUGUCUUUUUCAGCUCUUAUUUCAGUGUAGUUCAUUUGAUAUCAGUAUGAAUAACUUUUAUAUUUUCAUAUUUCUUCUGAAAUUUAUUUUCUAAGCUAUACUUGAACUACUGCUAUGUCAUCUUUUACAUCAUACUCAAGUCUUUCUGAGGUGAGAUCAUAACUGAAAUUACACUUUGUAUUGCUAGAUUAAAAGUAUGUUUUAUUGUAUUUUAUUUGAUAGCUAUUCAACAUAUCAUUCAGGCUCUUUCUCAUAGUGUCAUUAACUGUUUCAACAUUAUGUGGAUCGUUGCACAAUGAAACACUUCCAACAUCAUUGUACUGUACUUAAAAAGCUCACUGGCAGACUUUUGGCAUGUGAAACUCUUUUUCUAUGUCCAGGUAUAUAUAUAUAUAUAUAU